AUGGAGAAUCAUCAUAACUAUGUAAGGAAGAUAGAAGAGCUUGCAACACAGUUUUAUAUGGAUCCAACUACUAAUCAACCUAAUGCUUUUGGACUUAUACUUGUUGGAUGCGCUGAUUUCAAGACUAAGCUUAGUCAAUCUGAUUUGUUUGAGCCUCUUCUUCAGGAGAAAAUCUUGAAUGUUGUUGAUGUCUAUUACGGGGGUGAGAAUAGUUUCAAUCAAGAUAUUAAGUUGUCCUUUGAGAUUCUUGCCAAUGUGAAGUUCCUUCAGGAGAAGCAUUUGAUUGGGAAGUAUUUUGAAGAGAUAAAUCAGGAUAGAGGUACCAUUGGUAUUGAUGAAACUUUCGAAGCAUUACACAUGGGUGCUAUGGAAACACUACUUGUUUGGGAAAAUCUUGAAAUUAAUCGCUAUGUUCUAUGA